AUGAGAGCUGUUCCGCUCCCCUCAAUCGCCAUCCCAGGCCAACAUCUGGCAGAUUCUUCCUCCUACAUCUCUGGACCUGGCACUUACAUCCGCGACAACUCCAUCUACGCCUCCAUUCCCGGUCCCAUCGUCAUACGAGAGCCCGCCGCCACAGAUCCAAAGAGUAAGAAAACCAGAGUCGUCACCGUGUCGCGCUCAUCCACACCCUCCACAUCCACCAUCAAAAGCCCUAGUCAACCACAAGGCCUCGCCCUCCUCGGCUCCUCGAACAGACGCAUCCCACUAAAAUUCAACACCCUCCCCACCGUCGGCAGCAUCGUUCUGGGCCGCGUAACGCGCGUCCAAAGACGCCAGGCGACGAUAUCAAUCCUACUCGUCCUCCCUGAAAGCCAACAGCUCAACCCCAGCGCGGAUGAUUCAGAAGACCCCUCCGAUGCCGAUCUACCCAGCAUUCUUGCCAGUGCGAGCAUAUCUACUACUUCCGACUCGCUGAAUGCAGAUGAGCUACGUCCCCAGGCGCUGAUUCGCAAGGAGGAUGUGCGUGCAGUGGAGAAGGAUCGUGUGGUGAUGGAGGAAUCUUUUCGUGUGGGGGAUAUUGUGCGCGCGGUAAUUGUGAGUGUGGGUGAUCAGGUGGCUUAUUACGCUAGCACGGCGGGGAAUGAGUUGGGGGUGGUGAUGGCGAGGAGUAGCACUGGCUUUGGUGGGAAUAUGAUGUUCCCGGUUAGUUGGAAGGAGAUGAGGGACCCGGUGACUGGGAGGGGGGAAAUGAGGAAGGUUGCAAAGCCGUUUUGA